CCCCACCCCAAUAGGAAGGUUUACAGUUUACCACUUACAAACCAUUAUCUCGACCGACAACAGUAGUACCUAAAUUGUAUCCUGCUCUCAACAUCAAAUCUUCAAAUCAAAUAAUCAAUGGCGUCUCUCACCAGCAGCAUCAGAUUAUCUGCAUUCUCUCUCUUCAAACCUCCAUCUCCAACACUCAUCCUCCCUAAUUCAGUUCUCUCAUCCUCAAAACUCCAAUUUCGCACUUGUAAAACUACUCUCUUCACUACUAAUCUUAAUUUGCGGAAAUCCCUAAAAGUAAAAUCGCAAUUGAAAUUCAAUUGCCCUAUUAUUUCACCCAACGAUCACUGGGGUUUAUGGUCUGCUCUUCUCUCCACCGCAGCUUUCGGACUUUGGUCAGCGAAGACAAAGAUUGGGAGCAUGGUCAGUUCUGCACUUGUGAGCAUUUUGAUCGGCCUAGCAGCGAGUAAUCUAAGGAUUAUUCCUUAUGAAGCACCAGCAUAUUCCACGGUUUACUUGCUACCCUUAACUGUUCCUUUGCUCUUGUUUAGAGCUAAUAUGCGUCAGCUUAUUCAGUCAACUGGCCAGUUACUUUUGGCAUUCUUGCUUGGAUCAGUGGCUACAGUGAUCGGGACGGUCGUUGCGUUUUUUGUAGUUCCCAUGCGAUCACUUGGUGCUGAUAGUUGGAAAAUUGCUACUGCACUUAUGGGAAGUUACAUUGGUGGAUCUGUCAAUUACAUUGCAAUUUCUGAGGUUCUUGGUAUUUCUCCAUCAAGUGUGGCUGCUGGAGUAGCUGCAGAUAAUGUCAUUUGUGCAGUUUACUUUAUGGUAUUAUUUGCAAUAGCAUCCAAAGCACCUCCCGAGGUCUCUAAAUCAAACAUAGAUGUUCAAGUGACUUCAGAGAGUAAGACUCAGAUUCAACUCCACACACUAUCUUCUGCAACUGCUAUUGCUGUAUCUUUUGCUAUAUGUAGCGGUGCUGUCCUCAUCACGAAAUUGUUUGGAAUCCGAGGAUGCACCAUUCCUAUAGCUACAGGAAUAGUGGUAGUUCUAGCUACUGCCUUUCCCCUAGUGUUCAAUUACCUUGCGCCUUCUGCAGAGGUUAUGUCUUCAGUUUUAAUGCAGGUAUUCUUCGUUGUGAUUGGUGCAAGCGGCAAUGUCUGGAGCGUUAUCAGCACCGCACCAAGUAUAUUUCUGUUUGCAUUUGUACAAGUUACGGUCCAUAUGGUCGUCAUUUUUGGUUUAGGGAAGCUGUUUGGCUUUGAUCUGAAGCUGCUGCUUUUGGCUUCCAACGCCAAUAUUGGAGGCCCUACAACAGCUUCUGGAAUGGCGACAUCCAAAGGCUGGGAUGAUCUGAUUAUACCCGGAAUUCUAGCUGGCAUUUUUGGCAUAACUAUAGCAACUUUUGUUGCUAUUGGUGUUGGUUUAACAGUCCUUAAACAGAUGUAAAGUCAGGAUUCUAAUAUAUUCUCUGAGUAUAUUAUCGUACAGUGCUGAAUUGCUGGUGAAGUUGGUAGCAUUGGAGCAUGAAUUUAAUUUAUGGUAGGCAUGGGAAUGAAGAUUUGGAUUCUGAUUCCUGAUUUGUCCCAAUUGCCAUUUUGGAUGAUUCGGCUCAAAUCCAUGACCUUUCAAAAUAAGCCCAACAAAUGCCUUCCCAGAUCCCACUCGUAAAAAAUUUGAAACCUCAAACCCUUGCAAAAAAAGCACAGUUUCUUUAACCUGUCUACACUCCCUCACUCUCCACCACCAUCACUACCUCUGACACCUGCUCCACCAAUCCUUUGCUGAUGUUGGAAGCACUCGUAGAAGAAGGUGGUAGAUGUAGAAGCCUUCGCUCCUCACGUUGCUGGUGGUGACUAACGUUGAACUCAAGUAGUAGAAGCUGGUGAUAUUUUGAAUAGUUUUGUGGGGAUAGAUGGGUAAAGGAACUUGUAAAUCUCUUCAACAAUCUUUGAAUCAGUUCUUGUACUGAGUUUUUCUUUUUAGUGGUGAAAAUUAGUUCUUGUAUUUCGAUUUCAUAAGUGAUCAUAACUUCAAAUUUCUAAUUAAAUUUGUCUUUUCAAGUUCA